AUGCGCGUGCUAGCAUCCAUCCCCUUCCUCGCGGCUGUUGCCUCCGCCCAAGGCAGCGCCUGGUCCCAGUGCGGCGGCGUAGGCUGGGCCGGUCCCACCAGUUGCGUCUCCGGCUACACUUGCACCAAGCUCAACGAUUACUACUAUCAGUGCAUCCCUGGAGCUACAACCUCGUACGUACCCGGCUGCCAAGGGCCCACCGUCCCGAUCUGGAAGCGCGACCCCGAAGGCCGUCCCAUCGUCCAACGAUAUACUCCCGCGUGUCCAAGUCUCACCACGCUCACCUCCUCCUCUAGUGCCGCUCCCGUGACCACCACUCUCAAGACCUCGACCGUACCAACUUCGAUCCGCUCAACCAUCUUCGAUUCUUCCCCCGGUGCACCCUCCGCCACCGCCGUUCCUUCCAACCCGAACCCGACCGUCCUGGAACCAGGCUGGUACUGGGUUCGCGCCGUUGCCGCUCCCAACUUUCACAAGUACCUCCAAGGCGGCAGCUCCUCUGCUACCUCCUCCAACCAGACCGCCCUUCUCGAGGACCACACCACCGCGGGACAGUUCAACAUCAUCGACGGCCAGCUCGUAUUCAACACCAAGCCUUCUCAACUUUACCUCAACGUUGAGAACCCUGCCGAUAAGACCCAGAGGAAGCUCAAGACUUGGUUCAGCACGACCAAGAAUGCAUAUGGCACGUUCAAGUUCCAGGGUGAUACCCUGACCUGGUCCGUGGCGGAUAUUAAGAGGCCGAAUGAGGCUGCUUGGUUGGUGUGCACGGGACAGGAGGUGUUCAUCAACACGGGCGCGUACCUGUAUCAGACUCCCGCUGGAUGUGCGGAUCAGACUAUCCACUCGUACGGUGGCUCGACUGCUGACCUUUGA